AUGGAGUCAGAGACAAUGAACUAUAAAUACCUUGGAAAUUCUGGUCUCAAGGUGUCUGUCCUCGGUUUUGGGAACAUGACAAGUGGCUGGGCAGAAGGAACUGAGCAGUGGAACUUUGAAUGUAUGAAUAAAUGUGUCAGGGGUGGCAUCAAUUUCUUCAACACUGCAGAAGUAUAUGGAAUGGGAUCAGCUGAGACCAUCCUCGGCAAUAACCUAAAGCAAGGAGGCUGGGAUAGAGACGAUCUAAUCAUCAGCACAAAUUUAAUCCCUACCAAAGUUAUAGGAAUUCAAGGAUUAAGCAGAAAAAGGCUUCGUCAAGCCAUAAAUCACUCCCUCCAGCGGCUUCAGUUAGACUAUAUCGACGUUCUUUAUCUCCAUAGAUUUGACUAUGAAGUCCCUCUUGAAGAAACCAUAAGAAUCAUCAACGACUUAAUUGAUGACGACAAAGCGUUUUAUUGGGGAACUUCAGAGUUCACCCCUCAGCAACUGUCUGAAUGCCACAGAAUCUGUGAAAAGCACGGCUGGAUCCCACCAAUUGUCGAGCAAGCACAGUAUCAUAUGUUUGAGAGAGAAAAAAUAGAAAGAGAUUAUGUCCCUAUUUUUAGAGAAUAUGGGAUGGGGACUACUGUUUGGAGUCCUUUAGCUGGAGGACUUUUAUCAGGGAAGUAUAAUGAUGGAAAAAUUGUUCCUGGGAGAGCUGAGAGUGGCUUAGCUGCAGCAGUUUAUAAGCAGAAAUUUGAUAAUUAUAUUGGGAAUAGAAAAGAGGACGCUGUAAGAACUUUGAAGGGGCUGCAAAGUUUGGCUGAAGAGCUUGGAUGUACGCAAAGUCAACUGGUUUUGGCUUGGGUUAUUAAAAAUCCUGAUGUGACGACUGCAAUACUUGGGGCUUCUUCUCCAGGACAGUUAGAUGAGAAUUUAGCUGCAGUUGAAGUUGUGAAAAAAAUUACUCCUGAAGUGUUGGCUAGGAUUGAAGAUUUACUAGGAAAUCGUCCCAAUCCUUCUAUGAAUUGGAGAACUUUCACUCCAAAUCCACCUCGGCGCUAG